AUGACAGGUCACGUCCUGGGGGAACCGCGCGGCGGGGCUCACAUGGAUGACAACGCCGCCAUCCACAUCAACGUGGGCGGCUUCAAGAAGCGUCUCCUGUCCGACACUCUCUCUCGGUUCCCCGAGACGAGGCUUGCGCGUCUGCUCCACUGUCAGUCCAAAGAAUCCAUACUGGAGCUGUGCGACGACUACGACGACACAGAGAAGGAGUUUUACUUCGACAGGAACCCAGCUCUCUUCCCUUACGUGCUCAAUUUCUACAACACGGGGCGGCUGCAUGUCAUGGCCGAGCUGUGCAUCUUCUCCUUCAGCCAGGAGAUAGAGUACUGGGGCAUCAACGAGUUCUUCAUCGACUCCUGCUGCAGCAGCGCUUACCACUGUAGGAAAAUAGUCCAAGAGCGAGAAGACUGGGAGGACCGGAGCGAUGAAGGCAGCACCACCUCAUCUUUUGACGAGCUGUUGGAGUUUUACAACGACGCCACCAAGUUCGACAAGCAGCUGCUCGGGAGCGCACGGAGGCGCAUCUGGUUAAUGCUAGAUAACCCGGGCUACUCUGUGCCCAGCCGCCUCAUCAGCAUCCUCUCUAUCAUUGUGGUGCUUGGCUCCAUCGCCACUAUGUGCAUGAACAGUAUGAGCGAGUUCAGCCUGUUGGACAGCGAGGGGCAGCCCACGGAGGACCCGCGUUUCGAGAUUGUGGAGCACUUUGGCAUCGGCUGGUUCACUCUGGAGCUGGUCGCCAGGUUCGUGGUGGCGCCAGAUCUUCUACAUUUUUUUGAGCACCCGUUAAACGCUAUAGACUUGGUGUCCAUACUUCCGUUUUACCUGACACUCCUAAUUAACCUGGUGGUCGAGAGCAGCCCGGCGCUCGCCAACCUUGGACGCGUUGCGCAAGUGCUGAGGCUGAUGAGGAUUUUCCGCAUCUUGAAACUGGCCCGUCACUCUACAGGGCUGCGCUCUCUGGGGGCUACCCUCAGGAACAGCUACAAAGAGGUGGGCCUGUUGCUUCUCUACCUGGCAGUCGGAGUUUCGUUUUUCUCCGUCAUGGCUUACACGGUGGAGAAAGAGGACAGCGAGGAUCUCUCCACCAUCCCGGCGUGCUGGUGGUGGGCCACCGUCAGCAUGACCACCGUUGGGUACGGAGACGUGGUACCAGUGUCCAUUGCGGGCAAGCUGACCGCCUCGGCGUGCAUCCUGGCUGGGAUCUUAGUAGUAGUGCUUCCGAUUACGCUUAUUUUCAAUAAAUUCUCCCUGUUCUACAAGAGACAAAAGCAGCUGGAGAUCGCAAUGAGGAGCUGUGAUUUCGAUGAGGGGAUAAAAGAGGUGCCCUCGGUCAACCUACGGAACUAUUAUGCUCACAAAGUGAAAUCCUUGAUGGCGAGCUUGUCAAACAUGAGUCGGAGUUCACCCAGUGAACACAGUCUGAAUGAAUCAAUCCACUGA